UUUUUUAUUUUAUUUUAUUUUAUUUUCAAUUCAAAUCCUGUUUUGACUGUUGAAGAAGGUCUCCUUAUUCAGUCAGGCCUUUGGAUGUCCUUGUAGCUCCGUACUUUCUAUACUUGCAGAAUUGCUGUGAAAUUACAGCCAUUGCUAACUCUCUAAGGCAAAAAAAGCCCUCCUCAAAGCACCUCAUUUUUUCGCGAAAGUCUUUUAUUAUUUUCUAAUGUUGUUGUUGGUUGUUGCUUGUUACCAAUAACCCCAAGUAAUGUACAUGUACAUGUACAUACAUACAAUCUCAGCUCUUGAAUUCCAGACAGGGAACAGCUUACCUGGCCUGUACUGUGCACCAAUUGCUCGUGAUAUAAGAGGCACAAUAGACUGUACUGUAUGUAAUGUACAUACAUCCAGUCACUCAGCUCUAGCUAAGGGCUUCUGAACAAUAUCUACCACCGCAGGUAGUAAAUCUGGCCCGUGUGUUUUGGUUUCCCUUGGGUAUCCAUUAUCCAUAUCCACUGCGGGCGGUUCUUCAUCCGGCCCAUUUUCAAGGGUGAUUUCGAUUGGAGUGGCCCAAUGCCUAUCAACAGGUCAAGGCUAACCCGGUCGCUCUAAAGUUCAGAACAUGGUCCGUGAGUUUCGUGGGGAAAUAUCGAGAAAUGGUAUGUUAUGUGCAUCACCCGAGAGUACAUUUGAUGAUUGCUGCUCGAUGGGGUGAUUAUAUACAGAGCCUGCUUCAGAACAUCAAAACGAGGCCAUCUCGGCUUAAAUGAAUAAUUCGAUUAUUCCGCACGAGCUCUGAGUACUCUUCAUUUUCAUCAUCAUUUAUCCUCAUCAUCCCAAAGGACUGUGGUGUAUGUACGGUUCUUGUGUGUACAGAGGCUGUCUUUUGAACCAUAGGCCCAUCAAAGGUUUGUUGGCCUGGAUUGCUGGAUGUUGAUGUUGCAGAAGUCGAUGGCUGCAAAAGUCAUACAAUUGAUAACUCUGGAUGCCCUUUCCACAUCACAUUCUAUUCUGGUCCAAGGAACUAGCCAUAUGCUUUUGGUCAGCGCAAUCAUCUUCUGAUAGGCAAAAGAACUCUGCAUGGAGAUACAGAUGUAAAAACUGACUUAGAUGACAACUACAUUUGGCCUUGAGAGGUUGAAGAAUCACUUUGACCUUUGACAGUGUGUGUGGCAACCUGACCUGACCAUCUGUGAACUGCAAUAUAAUUUCAAAAACUCUUCAAGAGGCUGUGGUGACCGACGCUUAUGCUGGAUGCAUUUCUUCAUCUUUAUUCUAUUUUCUUGCACAGAGUAAUGCCACGAAGCGUACUUCUUAAUUAAAAAGUGUGAGUGUUCCAUGCCUCUUCGAGCGAACGUAAUGUGGUGGAUGUGGAUGACUUGAAAGAAACCCCGAACACUUGAUCUCCAUGCAUCCCAUCCUUGUCAUGACCUGCAAUCUCCGAGAAAUUAGCGGUUCCGGGACCAAUAUCAACCCGGGGGGUUUUGCUGCCAUGAUAACGUGGCAACCAGGGCCCAGCGGUUUGGUCAAGAAUUCGAGCAAAGAGCCGAACGAACUGGAGCUUCGGAAUUUGCUUGUGGGUGAGGCUGACGUUCGAGCUUCGACGGGUUUCUCUCGGGAGUCGUUUCGAGCAUGCAAAUUCAAGGCUAGUUCGAAGUUGGACUCGAGCAAAAUAGCAUCAACAUCGCCUCGCUUCAGCGCCCAUUAUUUGCAUAGCAGCCUCGAUGAGAAAAUCUGGACAAGAACUGAUACGCUGCAGCGGAAAAGAAUGAGCACCGAGGUAGGCAAGAAGAGUAACUACGUGACAAAUCUCGGUAAUUGUUUUCUAGCCAGAGUGACAGAUGAGAUUUUGGGCAUGUUGGCAUUGAAAGGGGGGCCGCCGAGAGAAUCUGGAGGCUCGAUUGCCCAACCACCCUCACACACGCAUCUAUUUAUGGAGUUUUAG